GGAGAACAUUUAGAGGUUAUAUGAAUGAUUUGGACGAACUCGUGGAAUACAGAGAAGUGAUUUCAGGCAAUAAGUUUUGUAAAGAUGAACUUCUACAAAUAUUGAAGAACGUUGACGUACGUUAUGAGUUGUGGAAGUAUUAUGAAGCGUGCGGCGAGAAAAUCGAACAUUGGCUUCAAACACCAUUUUUUAAGACAAACAUUAAGAAAGUACUUGAAAAGAUGAGCGAAUGGCAGUUGGCUGCUGAAAAUCUAAAAUCUCUCUUGCCUGACCAUGAUGAAGUUUAUGAAGCAUGGAUAAGGAAAAUGGAAGCAUUCACAAAAGAUUUUCCUCUCUUGCAAUUACUUUCCAGUGAUGCGUUGAAGGAAAAGCUUACGUAUAGGACGUGGUCAACCUACUGACCACAAACAACGUACAGGAUACAUGGUUAAUCAACUGACCACAGUUUGCGCACAAGCGGUUAAUCGUACGUCAUUGUGCAAUCACAUAUAAGC